GCGGCGCUGUGGCGCCAACUCAUUGUUGUCCAACCGCACCUCCAGCUCCACCAGAAGAAAAGCUAUCCGUUAGCUUGAAGCAGCCACCCCGAAAAGAAGCAUGAAGCGCCCUUAAAACAAAACACAAGAGCUCAAGAAACGGCCCGACUAAAGUCUGUCCUCUCACGGUGUUAUUUAUUCCUCCUACACUCACAAACAACAUGAGCGAAGUCCGUCACACCGGCAUGUCGUCAGCUCCAAUGGCGCCGCCACACUCUGAGUCUGUCUCCCCAGCCGCAGAGAUGGACCCGGUGGAGUACACCCUGAGGAAGCGGCUCCCGCGGAAGCUUCCCAAGAGGCGGAAUGACGUCUACGUCAACAUGAAGACGGAUUUCCGAGCCCAGCUGGCGCGCUGCCAGAAGCUCCUGGACGGAGGGGGCCACAGGGAGAUCUGCGUCCACGGUCUGGGCCUCGCCAUCAAUCGAGCCAUCAACAUCGCGCUGCAGCUGCAGGCCGGCAGUCAGGGAGCGCUGCAGCUGGCGGCCAAUACCUCCACCGUGGAGCUCGUGGACGACCUGGAGCCUGAAGAUCCAGACGAGAGCGGGGAGCCCAUGACCCGCACACGCAACAACUCCGCCAUUCACAUUAAAGUUUUCUACCCUGAAACUCAGUGAAUAGAAACCCGCCCCGUCCCAGCAGACGUUACAGCCCCCGGCGUCUGUUUGUGCUGAUAAUACAAUAAAAAGUCACUUAUGGACCUUUAUUUUGAAGUUCAAAGAAAGAGCUCCAACUUCCUAUUGUUGUUUUGUUUUGAUAUCAUAAAGUUCAUCAAGUGAAACUUUUGCGAUGUAUAUGUGUAUAUGUGAACAUGUGCCACAUUUAUUUAUUUAAAAAAGCCUUUAAGCCUGCAUGUACGAUACAAACUCAGAAAAAAUAAAAGGAGAAAUAACUUUUCAAA